AUGCAAAAAACCUGAAAUGUAUAUCAUGUAGACAAGAUUUUCUCAGUAUAAACAUUUUAAUCUAACAGACCUGCUUAUACUGGGUUGCAGUCCUUGCUAGCAUACAUCCAGCCUUGGAUCCCACUGGAGCUGAUAUGGGGCUAUAUCAACUACAUUUCAUGUGAUGCAACCUUGAAAGUUUCCCCUUUUUAAUGUUUGCUAAUAGCAGUGUAAGUUGCUUGUUCUGCAUUGACACACCUAAUUUAAUUUAGGUCCUUCAUAUUCCACUUUGUCAUAUUUUUACUAAUAAAUAGCAGUUUAAAAAGCAGCUUCAGGCCUCUCUUUAAGCAAAUUUCCAUUUGUUUUCUUUCACAGUUAGUAGAACUGUACUGGAAUGUGCAAAACAUCUCUUUUGAAGUCGUUCUGGAAAAUACAGAAUAAAAAGCUAGAGAUCCGAAAAGCAGUGGGGGAAAAAUGGAGAGUUGUAUUGUUCUUUGCCCAACCCUAGGAAUGUCCGUUUUGAAUCUAUAAAUAUGAAAAAUGUCCUUCACUGGUCAGCACCAGAAGGCACAGGUGAUGGAGUACUCUACAAAGUGAAGUAUGCAGUAUAUGGCAUUGGCAAAUGGAUUAGAAAGCCAGAAUGCAGGAAUAUAAACAGAACAUGGUGUGACCUCUCCAAUGAGACUUCUGACUAUGAAGAGCAAUACUAUGCAAGUGUUAAAGCAUUCCUAAAUGGGGCAUGCUCUGACUGGAUGGAGACCUCACGAUUCAACCCUCUAACAGACACUAAAAUAGAUCCACCCAUGGUAAGUGUAUCUUCUACUGACAGAUCUAUUUCAAUCAUUUUGACUGCUCCGGAGAAGUGGAAGAAAAGUCCUGAGGAAGAAUCCAUAUCUCUGCUUCAAGUGUAUCCUGGCCUACAGUACAAUGUGUCUGUCCUCAACAAAAAAACAAAGAAGCGGUGGUUCUUCUCCAUCAGCAACAACACCUUGGUUGUGCCCUGGUUAGAACCUGGAACAGCUUAUUGUGUCAGUGCGCAGAUACAUGUCACCACACCAGUUUUGGACAGUGGCUUUUCCAAAGAACAUUGCAUUACUACACUGAAAGAUAAAACAGAAGAUGAGACUAUAACAAUCACAUUUGGAUAUAUUAUGCCUACCAUGCUGGCUCUCCUUUUCAUUUCUGUGGCAUGCUAUUGGGUGCACAAGUAUCUUCACAUCCACAAACAAAAACAUCCAACAAACCUGGUGUGGCAGUACACUGACAAAUGCAAGGAAUGGGUUUUCAUACCAAGUGAAAAAAUAGUGCUCAACCUUAUCACGGUUAAUGAGGAUGACUGUGAGGAAUCCAGACGUCUGUCAGAAAGGAAAAGUCCCCAUUAUAACACUGCUUACAAUGACACUGAAGGGAGGGAUUUGCCUUCUGAACAGGUGCUGAAAGCAAAAUAUUUGCUUGAUUUUUCAUGUGAAGAGAUUUCACUCAAAGAAGAUACUUUAGUGGAAGGGAACCAAACUGGAAACUGGGCAUCUCAUGGCCAGUCUGGAAUGCAGAAUACUUGGAGAGAUAAAAAUGCAGGGGUUGUAGAGUAUGAGCAUGAUGUGAGGACCGAAGACUUCAGUCCUGGUCAGAAACUAGAAGAGAAGUUUUCUGCCCCUGGGGGGCUACAGGGUGAGCCACAGGUUGCUUUGGGGGACUUGAUUGAUAUGGAAACAGGACAGCCAUAUUCCCCCCAACUAGAGAUACACCUUUGUUUGGGACAGAAAACAGAGGAACUUGAUUUGAAGGUGGUUGAAGCAGCAGAUGAAUUGCCAAGUGAAACUCAUAUCAACUUCAUGAACCUGGAUACUGAAAAGUCUGGGCAGACAUCCUAUCAUCAGCUGGGAAAAACCACACAGGGCCUCACAGAGAAAGAAGCUGUGCAGGCCAUAUUAGUUGACUGGGGUCCUCACAGUGGGAGACUGUAUAUUCCUACUUUGUCCAGUGUGGAAAAUCAGGUGUGUGAAGGAGUGUUCAAGUAUGAUGAUCCCGACAAAGAUGGAAUUUUGCUCAGACUCUAUGACAAAGGGGUAACUGGUGAAUCACCUGAGGACCAAGAAAUGUAUCUCCUGCAGUUCAAGGAACAAUGGGGACUUCAUGUAGAAAUGGAAGACUGAAAGUAAUUUUCUAAAAUAUUCAAAAGUGAAAAAUCUUGUUUAUUUUGCUAAAGCGAGUGAUAGACUCAGGGGAACAGACAUGUCUUAAUGUUUUGAAGUUUUUGGAACCAUUACAGUUUAACAAUUUGUUCAUUAAAUGUUAUUUAUAACAGUCUCCAGAUGUGAUAUAAAUGAUUAUGACAUCAAUCAUAAGCCUCUUGUGUAAAAUAUGAUUGUUGUGAGG